AUGGGCAUCGCACGUCUUCAUCAUCUCCUGCAGCCGUAUGGCGCUCCUUUUAUCGCAGAGUUCUCCCCCCCGUCCAAUACAACCUCCGCCGACGAACCAGGAGCUCCCACUCCCACAACAUCGAAACCAUCGGUCUCAAAUACUAACUCGAAUCGGCCGAUAAUCUUGGAUGGUCCUUCCUUCGCAUAUCACAUCCACCACACAUGCGGGGGAAUCGUGCGGCCGCGCUCGCAAGCCGCCAUUCCACACUAUGGCGACCUCGCCCGUGCCGCUGUCGCGUGGCUCGACCAGUUAGAGCGUUUUGGACUGCGUGUAGUAGCCAUCGUGUUCGAUGGAGCGCUGCCGGACUGGAAGAUCGAGACGAGAAUGGGGCGGCUGGAGAUGAAGGUGGCCACGUUGUUGGCGUGGAAGGCUGGGCUGGGGACGGGCUUCGAGGGCGCUCAGGAUCAAGUUUCUAGGCUUGGUGAUAGCUUUGGUGAUGACGGCAGUCUGUUUCUCCUGUUAAGAUCAUGCCAGAGCGCGCAGUCGAGCUCGGAAAUGCCGACGGUUCCUUUUUUGACCGCUGCUGUUGUCGAAGGGCUGCUGAGAUCUAGAUUUGGCCACACUGUUUCCAUCGUAUCAGGAGAAGCGGAUACGGUUUGCGCUGAACUCACUAAGCGUCAUAUGAACGCGAUUGUCCUCUCCAGUGAUGGCGACCUGCUUGUACAUGAUCUUGGUACAACCGGAUCAGUCAUGUCAUUCAAGUCCAUUGCAAUCGAGCAGUCAUCGUCCGGUUCGCAAGUGCGGUUUAUGCUCAAGUCAACAAUCUUCAGUCCUUCUACAAUUGCGGCGCGUUUCCAACUGCGAUCUUUGCUCCCCUUUGGCUUCUGCGUGCGAAAACUAGGCCGAAAAGCUUCCGUUUCCGCCUGCAUCGAAGCGGCGAAGAGCCUUGAAAUGACGGAUCAAGCAUAUCAGGGAUUCCUAGAGGAGUACGACUCCCAGCCCUUUCCGGAAGUGAGCUCAUCAGAGAUCAAGUCUCUCCAGCACUGUGAUACCACAGUCUCCGAGUAUCUGUGCUCCCAACUUAGUGGCACGUCGAGGGAGCAUGUUGUUCCAACAAUAUAUCUUCCGGUAUUGAUUGAAGAUCCAUCACGGUCGACAGCAUGGGAUCAGAGCAUUCACAUCCGCCAGGUGUCAUACACGCUGGUCUCGGAAAGCCUAAGUAAACAUUCUUCGCCGCACACUAUCGAAUUGACACGUCGAGGUCAUCGUGUGGUUCCGGUCGCUGUACCUCAUCUCUCCCCGAUCGACUUGAGACAACGCAUUACCGAAGAGUUAGACCUAUUGAGCGGGUUAUCCGCUGAUUCAGGCAUGCCUCAACUACCAACGACUCUCCGAUGGCGAGCGAUCGUCCUAUUUCUUCUGUUGCCAUUGCUAUCGGGCUCCUCGACGAACGUUAUUUUCAGCUUUGACGUAAAGGAAUUUCUCAAGGGUCACUGGAUCCAUCGCUCCGACGGGCGGCGCACUGAGUGGCCUUAUAUCCACUUCUCUGCCCAAUUGCAAGGCAUCUGGUGUUCCUUACGGAUGUUGCUUCAAACCAUCCGAUUCCUGCGUUCAGUGUCCGCAGAGCCUCUGGAGAUGGUGGGGAAGCUGGAGCGUGAGCUCAGUCUGCUUCCUGGAGUUGUGGAAUUCUUCGACGAUGCUGCCGCGGAGGAUGGGGUGGUGGAAGAAGUCCUGGGAUGGCUAGAACUAAAGUUUAGUGAUGUCAUCCAAAAAAAUGAGGCGAGCACGAAAACGAAAAGGAAGAGGAAGGCAAAAGGUCAAUCAAGUCAUGCCAAAGAAGAAGGGCUGUCUAAAAAGGCAGCAACGCAAAAUGGGACUGGUUACUUCUCAGUACUAAGGGGACUGGAGACUGAUUGA